AUGGCUAAAUCCGCCCCUGGAAUCUUCAGCGAUUUGCAACAUCAGUCAGCCACAGACAGAAUUGUUAUCAUAGGAGGAGGUAUUGUAGGGUCGGCUCUGGCAUAUUAUCUCAGCCAAAACUUCGAUCCAUCUCGUAUUGUCCUCAUUGAUUCGUCCCAGUCAAUUCCGCAAGGUUCGACUGCAUUUGCUCCCGGAUUUGUUGGACAGCUGAAUACCAUCAAUCACCUCACCCGAGUAGCAAAAGAGAGCGUGAAAGCAUAUCUCCAGAUCCCAGGCACAUUCGAUGCUGUUGGUGGCCUUGAAAUUGCGAGCACCGAGGCUGGCAUCGCGGAACUCCACCACCGGCGAGACCUCGCACAUGCUGCUGGACUUCCAGCUAAGAUCAUCUCGUCUGGCGAAGCAUCUAAGCUUGCGCCAAACUUCCACUCCCAAGAUAGCCAGUCUCAGGCAUUGUUGUUCAGCUCGGAUGGUACAGCUAAUGCACCUAAGAUCGCCCAGUACUAUCAAGGUGAGGCUGAGGCGAGAGGUGUUGUGAUCUUGGAAGCCAAAGUCUCCUCUAUCAAGUCAAAAUUCGACAACCACUUCUCUAUCACGACGGACUUGAGAAAAUUGGAGGCCAAAACGGUGAUUGUCGCAACUGGCAUUUGGACGCAAGAACUUCUGAGGUCAAUGGAUAUUGCCCUUCCGAUUAUUCCUGUUCCUCAUCCUUAUGCAUAUGGACCUUCUAGACCCGUCCGAGAUAUCAAACAACCAUUCAUACGCUGGCCCGAAAAACAUAUCUAUGCUCGCGACCACGGUGAGUUUGAUGGAUUUGGCUCAUAUGACCACAAGCCGUCAAUAGGGAAGCCUGACCAGAGCGCCUUGUGCGAUCGAGUGACUGAAAGUACGAUCCUGGACACUGCCCUCUCCAUAUUUCCAGACCAAGCGCAACGCCAAUCCAAGACCCCAUACAAAGGCUUCAACUCCAUGUUCUCCAUAACCCCAGAUAGUCUACCGUUUGCCGGCGCGGUGCCACAUAUCCCGGGAUUGUACGUUGCGGCUGCUGUAUGGAUCACCCACGGAGCUGGUGUGGCUCGGUUGGUGGCGGACCUUGUUUCCGGCAAGCCUCUAGCAGAUGAAGACCGAGAUGUACUGAAAGCAUUCGAUGUGAUGCGUUUUGCUGGGCAGGAGCCGAAGGUACUCGAGACGAGGGCAUUGGCGACAUACAAUGAUAUUUACAACAAGGAGGACCAUAGUUAA